AUGCCCUCCGGACAUCACCUCGUAUACUUUCCUCCGCAAGUCACACUUUCCGAGCUGCUGCCGGACGGAACAGAUAUUUUGCAUACUCCUGGAGAGCCAUUUAACCGCCGAUUAUGGGCUGGUGGGAAAAUUACGUUUCCGCAGCCAGGUGGUCACGCUGAUAACCUGUUGCUCAACGGCCAGCGCGCAGCCUGCGUGGAGAAUAUAGGCAAUGUUGCUGUACAAGGAUCCGAAGGCGACGAAAAGAUACUUGUUACAAUAGACCGACGAUUCACAUCGGUGCAUGAACUUGAGGAUGAAGCACAAAUCAGGGCAAGAGUAGCAAGCGAUAGCAGUGAAGUCCUCGUGGAAAAAAGAACCUUGUUCUUCAUGCGAGACCUUGACCCAGAGCAGCAACUUGAAAGAGACAGGAAGAAGAGUAGAUUCGUAAAAGCGCCCACGGAUCCAGAUGUCAGCUAUAAGAUGACGCCGUCCAAGGCUCUACUAUUCCGGUUCUCGGCUCUGACAUUCAACGCGCACUUGAUCCAUCUUGAUCCUCUCUAUACGCGCAAUACGGAAGGCCAUCAAAAUGUUCUAGUUCAUGGACCAUUAACAGUAGUAUUGAUGCUUAGUUUCUUGUCGAAUCAUUUAUCAAGACUAGGGCUCUGUGUCAAGGACUUUGAAUACAGAAAUUUGGCACCAUUACACGUUGAUGAGGAAUUAAGAAUCUGCGCCAAAGCAAAACAACAAGGAUCAGGUCAGUGGGCAGUUUGGAUUGAAGGGCCACAAGGUGGUCUGGCGGCGAGAGGGACUGCUUGGGCUGCUUUUGUGUAA